AUGUCAGAGAUGAUAAUCAGCUCGAAAGAUAGCACAAAUGUGAUGGACACACCUCCCAUUUACUUGUGGCAAAGCAAGCAAGAACGAGGGAAAUUCCUGCUGAAAUGGACCAUCUGCGCCAGUGUUCUCAUUUUGUUGGUUGGAUACUUUAGACUGUCUGCGAGCUCAUUGACAAUAGAGAGCUAUAUGUCAGACUAUGGCGAUCCCGCUGAGCAUCUACAAAAG